AGCAAAGUUGAGCAAAAAAUUUGGCCACUCCACCAGUUCUGUGCACAAUAUCUGUUUUAUGUGCAUAGGCAGAUACAUCAAAUCAAAGAUUGAUGAGAACAUAAGUAGCAUAAAGUGCCCAAAGCUGGAUUGUGGAAAAUCCCUAACUCCUCUGGAAUGCCGGCCGAUAAUCCCAUCAGCACUCUUCGUGAAGUGGUCCGAUGCUCUCUGCAGAUCAUAUGUUUCAGCUUACGCAAGCUGCUCCUGCCCUUAUCAGAACUGCUCUGAGCUGAUCCUUAACGAGUGCAACGAGGAGACCACGAAAUGUGCGUGCCCUCGAUGCAAGAGGCUCAUCUGCUACAAGUGUAGGGUUCCAUGGCACGCUGGGUUUAAGUGCGGUGAGAGAUCUCAAGAAAGGGAUGUAAACGACGCUCGGUUCGAUCUUUUGGUUAAAAAAUUGAAGUGGACAAGAUGCCCUAGAUGUGGCCAGUCGAUAGAGCGCGUUGGUGGCUGUCGCUUUGUUGAGUGCAGAUGUCACACAAUAUAUUGCCAUCAAUGUGGUUCCGAAAGAUGCUAUAGUUCACGUGGUUAUGCAGAAGGAUGUUAUUUACAUGCUAUUGAUAAACAGAAUGCUUGA